AUGCCCCUGAUGGACAUGCCGUACCUGCUCUCUACCAGCAGCUGCGUGUUGAAGUCCACCUGGUGCCCGAAGCCCGGCAGGGAACGCAGACUGAUUUUGGGGAGGAAGGCUGCCAACGAGACCAUUUUUGCCAAGGAGACCAUUUUUGCCAAUGAGAAGCUCAAGGACGGUGUCAAGGAGAGUAUCAACAAGGCCAUCUUUGCCAAGGAGACCGUCAACGACACCACCUUUGCCAAGGAGACCACCAAGGACACCAUCUUGGAGACCUCCAACAGCGCCAUCUCCACCAAGGAGGCCACCAAGGAGACCAUCUCCACCAAGGAGACCUCCAACAGCACCAUCUCCACCAAGGAGGCCACCAAGGAGACCAUCUCCACCAAGGAGACCUCCAACAGCACCAUCUCCACCAAGGAGGCCACCAAGGAGACCAUCUCCACCAAGGAGACCACCAACAGGUCCAUCUUUGCCAAGGAGACUGCCAACAGGUCCAUCUCCACCAAGAAGACUGCCUACAGGUCCAUCUUUGCCAAGGAGACUGCCAACAGGUCCAUCUCCACCAAGAAGACUGCCUACAGGACCAUCUUUGCCAAGGAGACUGCCAACAGGUCCAUCUUUGCCAAGAAGACUGCCUACAGGACCAUCUUUGCCAAGGAGACCCCCAACAGGACCAUCUUUGCCAAGGAGACCCCCAACAGGACCAUCUUUGCCAAGGAGACCCCCAACAACUCCAUUCUUGCCAAGGAGACCGCCGAGCAGAUUGCCACCAAGGAGACCAUGUGGAGCUCUCUGGGGAACACCUUUGGCUGGUACACCACAAGACAAGCUGCCCCAGCACCUGCUGUUCAAUCCUUCACCUCGCCAGGUCAGCGGCCAAAAAGAACGGGAAGACCAGCCAGGAGAGGUGCCGGCAUGGCAAUGCUCCGCACCCUGAGCAUCCUCCUGAGCCUCCUGGUCCCAGGUCUCACCACCAGGUCCCCCGACUGUGGCGGCAUCCUCACCCCCUCUGGGCUGAGAUACCUUGCUGAAGUUUCAAAGCCACAUGCAGAGUCAGUCCUCAGGAGGGACCUCCUGUCCUCGCGAGCCCCAGACCCAUCUCCUGCCUCCUCAAGUAGAAGGAACCAAAUUGUAUCUGUCAAAGUUGACAAGUUUUCCCUGACGCUGAUCCCCGACACCGGGAUGCGGCUGAGCAUCGAGGUGGACCUUGGCGUCACAUCUGCCCCCUCAACCAACAAGGAGAUGAGGCUGUCCAUCCUGGCAGACCUCCACGUGGAGAUGAACCCCGAAGAGAACCUGGAGCUGGUGACCUCUGACUGCAAACCCACCCUGGAGGAGGUGCAGAGCACCGAGGAGAUGGAAAGCAAGUCCUCGGGAUCCGACUUGGACAAGCAGAUCAACGUAGAAAAAAUUUGCCUGGAAGUGGCCAAACUGCUGCUUUUCCCAAACGAACGGCUGAUGUCUCUGGCAGCUCCAUUCCCCAUCACACCAAACUGCCAAGUCCAGUACCUGCCCCUGGCUGCCCCCAUGUACUCUGAGCAGGGAAUUAUCAUCUCUUUGCAAACAGCGUUCCAAGUGGCAGGGACAGUGAUCCCUCUGCCAGUCAGCCCUGUGCCUUUCAGCAUGCCCGAGCCAGCGAGUUCCAGCCCUUCCCACCUCAUCCUGGCUUUCUCUGAGCACUUCUACACCAGCUUAUUCUCUGCCCUGGAAGAGUCUGGAGCCCUCAACGUGAGUCUCCUGAGCUCGCUGACCACGGCCACCUUGGCUGAGAGGAUCACUCAGAUGGGCUCCCUCUUCCAAGAGGACCUACCAGUGGUGCUUCGAGCCGUGACCCGGAGCUCACCUCACGUGGUGCUGGAGGAAGACAAAGCCAUCGUGGAGCUUUUCCUUACUGCCCAGAUUGGAGCAGGAUCAUCCCUUUUCCAGAGCUUCCUGAGUGUGAACGUGGAUGUGACUGCCAGGCUCCACCUCAGCGUUGCCGACACCAGGAUGAUCAUCUCUGUGGCAGCCAUAGAGGAUAUCGAGCUCAGCCUGGCCACCUCUGAUGUGGGUCCUAUACUGGCUGCCCUGCUGGAGGAGUUGUUCGUGCCCACAAUCCGUGAGGAGGUGCCAGCCCAGAUAAACGGGGUCCUGAGACAAGGUGUUUUCCUGCCCCACAUUGCCAGUUUCACUUACACUGAUGUCAACAUCACAAUUCACAAGGAUUAUGUCUUGAUCCCCUGCAACCUCCAGCUAGAGGCAAGGACUAGAGAGGCAAGCACCUGGCAGUGA